UUGUUACUCCGCCCGAAUAUGCUGUGGGAGGGUGCUGUGAUGAAAUGUAUUCAUGAGGUUCAGCUGCGAGUUGGGACGCGUCCUUUGGAGAGGCAGACAAGGUUGGAGGAGAGGACAACUGCUUAUAACUUGGUGUUUUUUAUCACCUCUCUGAAGGAGAUCCACUGACGUGUCAUCGGACAGGUUUCCAGUCAGUCUCUGUGAGUCGGUGGAGGAGUUUAGUUGAGUCUCUUGGUCUCUUGGUCAUCGGACAACCUGCAGUCCAUCCAAUGUGCGUAAAGGGGCUCUAUCUCCUCACCGUCCUGUCUGGACUCGCAGCUUCAGGCGUGCUGCAGGUCAGCGGGAUGCGUAUAUACACAUCUGGGGAUGUGGAGGCGGUCAAUGGGACAGAUGUUCGUCUUAAGUGCACGUUCCACAGUUCCUCCAGCAUCAACCCCAGCUCCAUCUCCAUCACCUGGAGCUUCAGACCCCUCAAACCAGGCAAAGAGGAGACGGUGUUCCACUACCAGCAGAAAGCAUAUCUUCCUCCAGAGGGCAUUUUCAGGAAGCGUAUCCAAUGGGCCGGCGACGUCAUGGGCCGUGACGCCUCCAUCAUAAUUACACAGGUCAAGUUCACCUACAACGGCAGCUACAUCUGCCAGGUCAAGAACCCGCCGGAUGUCCACGGCUCGGUCGGAGAGAUUCGACUCCGUGUCGUCACCACAGCCUCUUUCUCCGAACUUCUCCUUCUGGCGUUGGCAAUCGGGGGCGGUAUCGCCGCCGUGGUCAUCCUCCUCAUCAUCAUACUCUCCUGCAGGCGGUGCAAGAAGAAGAGUCAGAGACAGCGGGAAGGGAACGAGGAGGCUCCCUGCAAAGAGAGAAAAGACCCCACUGUGUGCCACCCAUCGAGGGCCAUCCACCUCUACCUAUCAGAGUCGUCCUUUGAGAUUGACAGUUCAGACGGCAUGAUCUCAGAAGCCAGCACCAAAGACCCGAGCUCCUCGGAGGAGGAGGGCCCGAGCUCAGACGACGACGACGGCGAUGACGACUCCGACUGAGGAUGUGGGGACAGACAGAAAGACAGAAACACUGAAGCCAGCCAGGAAGCUCUCUGGAGGGAUGCCCAGAUGGCACCUAUGGUUUACGUUCCACGGUUCUGCCGAGUGGAGACUAGAUGAAGAGAGCGCUGCUGCUGCUGUGUGGAAAACCAGCACAUUGUCCAAGAAUUGGAGGGAACAGAAAAGUUCUGUUUAAAAGUUUCCGAACGAGAACAAAGAGAUUGGAGCGAUGAAGAUCAAGGCUCUGAGAGAAGUCAAAAUCAGCUGCAACAUGCAACUGAAAAUAGUCCCAAUGAGGAAGUUGUUUUCUGCCAUGAUGAGCCAUAAAGACCAUUACAUUUUUGAGGGUGCUUAACUUUUGCAACCAUUCUCUGAUUGACUCAAAGGACCAGUGUGUAACAUUUAGGGGAUCUACUGGCAGAAAUGGAAUAUAAUAUUAAUAAGUAUGUUUUCUUUAGAGUAUAAUAA